AGCAAGAAAAGCUGCUAACGGGAAAAUAUAUUUUUUAGUUCUCUGUUAAAGAAACUAAUUUUUUUUUUGCCUUGUAUUGAAAUUCAUCGUUUGAUUGAUCGUUUGCAUGGAACAUCUAAGAUCCUUGGAAGACAUUGUGCCAGUAUUGCCUAAGAAUGUGGGUCAUUUACAAAAGACAUCCGUCGUUAUUGAGUGCCCUUCCUGUAAACUGCGUAAUCAAACGAGAGUGGACAGGCAACCUGUGACUGUUGUACAGAAAAUUGUGGCCCUUAUUAACCGAUGUUUGUUCUGCGAUCCUAUAAAAUGGGGCGGACGUCACGAUAUCAACCAUUAUUGCAAUAUAUGUGGCUGUUUCAUUGGACGCCAUAUAACGUUGAGCUGGUAUAAGCGUCAAUUAUUCCGCAUGCAACGUUCGGAUGUCGAGAAUGAGAACAGGUGGCAACGUUUUAGGAAAAUUGAAAAAGAGCAAUUAGAUAAAGCUAAACAAAAACAUGUAAAUUUACCAAAGAACACAAACAAGCAGACGGUGUCAAGUACCCAACUAUAACUACGCAUUCGAUCAACAGAUGAUCAGUUUUAGUGUCAUUGAAAGUUUGCUGACAUUCUUUUCUUUUUUUUUUUUGCCCCUCCUUUUAUACACGCAUGCACACAUUCGCCUCCUAAUGAACUUGAAUAAAAAUGUGAAAGUGAAUAGAUAUAAAAAAGCUUCGAAUUAAAAAAGAAAUUGUCGUGACAUCAUAAUGAGAAUUUUCAUUUCAUUUUAAAAUUAGAUUAGUGAUGAGUGAAGAAAAUCAAAGAACAAGAAAAAAAUAAGAAUUGGCUGCCGAAGUUGCCAAAGCGAAAAUAAAAGAAAUGAUUUUAAAUCUGCAUGAGAGAGAAGACUAUCUACUCAUAAAAAGGCAUAUAUUCAAAGUAGACGUUUAAAGUAUCGUCCACGCACAAGAGCUAGCUCGGUGCAAACUUUGGAUAUGCACUGCCAUACUUUCGGCAUACAAAUCCACUUGAAGUAUGUUGUGCUUAGCUGGAUCUCAAUACAGUUCGUUUCAUACCGCUAUCUUAUUGAUCGUGAACAAUUUGAACAGCCAUAACUUUGCCUAGGCCUCUUUUACGUUUAUAUAUUCAAAAGUUGAUUCCAGUAAUACUUCUGUCUAUCCAAAUCAUCUAGUACGUUAUGAUAAUAGAAAGUUCAGCGGGGCUAGUUCAUUGAAUUUGUAUACACACCUAUAGAGGUAAAGAAACGACCAUUAAAAGUACAUGCAUUCAAUAAUCGGUAUGCCUGAUACGAAAAUUUUUUCCAGUCCUACAGCAUUGUAAAUUAAAUGCAAAGUAGAGUUCAUUUCUAGGUUGAGAAUCAAUAAAUUCAAAAGCUACGUCAAAUAAUUAGGCAAAAUACCAGAAUAAUAGGCUUCUCUAUCACUUACAAAAGAUCUAUCUUCCAUGGUUAUAAUGAAUAUUAAUUAGGUAAAGGAAAAACUUUAUGACGUUUUUGUAUUAAAUAUACGUCAUUUGCGAUGAUAAUCCGUAAGCUUACUUCUGGCAGAACCUUGAAGCCAUCGCUGUUGGUUUUCUGCGAACUUUUUUGCGAACCAAAUCAAAGUGGUUUUGUACCGAAUGAAAUAAAUGGUGAAUGGAUUAGGCAAGCGCUAAUCAAGACGGAGGAGGAUAGGUCCAGUGAAACUCCACAGUUAAGCUCUCUCAACUUUCAAAACAUCUUUACCGAUAUUUGUGGCUUUUACCGUUGUGUGAACAUUGUCAUUAUGAAAAACGAUGACUUCGCUAAUUAUUAAGACUUUACUUUAUUUAAGCGUUUCAACCGCAUUACCUGCUGGGGGUAGAAUAUGGAAUCAAUCGUCCGGCUGCGUUGGUGCUAUUCCCGAUGUAUCAUUCUAUUUCAAUGCUGGUAAACACAUAAAAUUACUCUAUAUGGAUUAUACAAUGUUUUGCUUGUGCAACUUCAACCAUCUCAUAUUGUUAUUAUUCCCAGGCAGAUGAUGAAUGUUAAGGUAAUAUAAUCGCUAAUGUUGUAAUUGUUGAAGGCAGCAAUGAUGGUCGC